AUGAGCAGACCCAUGCUGCCCCCCAACACGGGGAAGGAAGCUUUUGAGUUCGGACCGAUCCUGGGCACCGGGUCCUUUGGGCGGGUGAAGUGUGCUAAAUAUCUCAAAUCACGAGGCCUUUCUCUGGAGGACACAACCCAAGUCCCUCCACGAGUGGCAAUCAAGAUAUUAAAAAAAGCCAGCAUAAUAAAGUUAAAGCAUGUUGACCACAUCCUUAACGAGAAGGCUAUUCUCUUGAGGCUAGAUCACCCACUCACGGUCCGCUGCUUCGGAACUUUCCAAGACUCGCGGUAUUUGUACCUUGUGAUGGAAUUUGUACAAGGUAAUGAAACUCUACGGGAAUUCUGUGCCCUGUGUGGAUACGUGUACUACGGUGGAGAGUUCUUCACUCACCUGCGAAAGAAAAAACGCUUUGAGAGCGACACAGCCAAAUUCUACGCCGCGAUGAUAGUUGACAUAUUUGACUAUUUGCACGCAGACAACAUCAUUUACAGAGAUUUGAAACCAGAAAACAUGCUUCUCGACCGCGACGGCUAUGUCAAGCUCACAGAUUUUGGCUUCGCCAAAGUCGUGGAGUUCCGCACGGAUACUCUUUGUGGCACCCCCGAGUAUAUCGCGCCAGAAGUGUUACUCAACAAGGGCCACGGGAAACCCGUGGACUGGUGGACUUUGGGCAUCCUUAUUUACGAAAUGAUUGUCGGCUAUCCUCCCUUCCUUGACGACGAUCCUUUGGGGAUCUACCAAAAGAUCCUCAGUGGCAAAUAUGUCUUCCCCAAGUUUUUUGACAAGGAUGCAAAGCUCCUUGUGCGGAAGCUGCUCCAGGCUGACCUCAGCAAGCGGUGGGGAAACCUUAAGGAUGGCGUGCGAGAUAUUAAAGAAUGCAAAUGGUUUUCAACUAUCUCCUUCGACGAUAUACGAGCCAAGCGAAUCCCUGCAGAAUUUAAACCUGUAAUCAAAGGUGUAGAUGAUUUGUCAAACUUCGAGUCGUAUCCCGAGGAAAAGGACGAUUCGCCAGCUGUUGAUCCCAACAAAGACCCCUUCAAGUCAUGGUGA